AUGAGCGACCCGCCCGCGUGGCUCGGGUUCGGCUCCUCCGCGCCGACGGCGUCGCGCGCGUCGUCGCGCCCGCGACGGACGCGGAGCCAGCGCGACGUCGAUCGCGACGUCGUCGGCCCCGAGAGCAGCAGCAUCAGCGAGAGCCUCCACGACCUGAACAUCUCUCCCUCUGGUCGCGUCCCCUCGCGCGUCCCCUCGUCGCCCUUCGUCCGACGCGACGGUCUCGAGCGCUCGUCGUCGCUCCCCGCGUCGACGACCGCGUCGUCGCAGCCCCCGCGCCCGCCGCGGAGGAUCGCGCGGCAGAAGUCGAACAAGUCCGUCGCGGAGGAGUUCGGCGAGUGCGCCGUGUGCUUCGAGGCGCUGUGCUCCGCGCCGACCGCGGUGUUCGUCGCGAGCGAGCGGCAUCGCGUCUGCGCGCACUUCUUCCACGUCGAGUGCGCGGGCGAGCUCGCGAAGCACGACAAGAAGUGCCCGACAUGCCGCGCGUCGUUCGCGCGCGUGCUCCCGGUGCCGUCGCCGAGGGAGAAUCCGAACGGGUGGUUCGCCGCGUGCGACGUCGACGGCGACGGGAGGCUGUCCAAGGCGGAGGUGCUGGAGGUGCUGCGCGCGCAGCUCAAGUGCGACUGGCGCGCGAUCGAACGCGAGCUCCCGACGCUGUGGCCGCAGUGGGACGUCAACGGCGACGGGUACGUGGAGCGUCACGAGAUGAUGAAGCGCGGGGGGUUGCUCGAUUACGUCUCGAAGUCGUUCGCGAAGGCGAAGAGCGUCGACGCGGGCGGGGGGAGAGGCGGCGGCGGAGGGAGCGGGUUCGUCUUCGGAGACGUCGGCGUCGGCGUCGGCGUCGGCGUCGGCGUCGGCGUCGGCGCCGCCGCGCGGGAAGAGCGUCAAAAGCGCGCGGAGGCGGCGCAUCAUUCGACGAGCGGUAGUCACGGCAUCCACCGCGACGACGAUCGCCGCCGCCGCCAUCGCAAGCGCGAGGUUCCGUCCAUCGUGAACGACCCGACGGCGUGGUUUGCGUUUUGGGAUUUCGACGACUCCGGCGCGCUCGACAAGGAAGAAGUCGUGAGGGCGCUCAUCAAGACGUUCAAGCUCGGCAGGGACGACGUUCGAAAGGCGCAGGACAUGCGCGCGGUCGUGAACGCGACGUGGGGGCUGUUCGACCCGGACGGCUCCGGAAGCGUCGACCGGAGGGAGUUUCUCAUGCGUGACGGUCUCGCGGAGACCAUCGUCGCGUCGGCGACGUCGGGGGGGUUGGCGCAGCGGCACGGGAGUCGAUCGCGGUCGAGACCGCAGUAG